UUCUCAUGUUAAUGCAACCACAUGCAUUCAAAAUUCAUCAUGGGCUUAUUUGCUGCUGCAGCUUACCACAGGCAGACAGGUUCACUGAGCUGAGGCUGAAGAAAUAACAUUAUGGGGAGCAAAUGUUCUGCACUCUGGAGGGGUAAAAUAAAGGAGGAGGAGUGUUACAAACCUGACCAAGAGAAAGAGGAAGUUCCCACCACAGUGAAAUGUGAAGAGAAGUCUCCUCCCCUCCAAAAAUGGCCAUCUGUGCAGGAGGAGGGUGGAGCUGUAAAGCAGAGAACAGAGGAUGAGACUUCAGGGAGGCAAGAAGAAGAGACUGCUUCUGAAAAAAUUGGUUGCAGGGAGAAGAAUGUCACUCUGGCACAUGACUGUACUGUUUGUGAAGCUGAAGUUAACGCCACAAGUUGUCGCCUCUCUGAAACACACGAUUCUGAUUCAGGGACAGAAGAGAAAGAAGCUGAUUGGGUAGACAACAACAGGGCUAGGCUCAUUCAGAGUGUCACAUUGGUGAUGCUAGUAGCGGACGAGAUGCUUCAGCGGCGCAUCAUCCAUAAAGAGAUGUACUCCAACAUUCAGGCUGCCAGAACCACCCAGGAGCAGAUGAGGGUGCUGUACAGCGCCCUCACAUCUACAAAAGCCAAAUCUGUCUUCAGCAGAAUCCUCAAGGAAAUUCAGCCCAAAAUCUGUGAAACAGAAGAAGUCAUUGAAGCAGUUAUCAAAAAGUACAAAGCACAUCUGAGGGAAAGGUUUACAUAUGAGCUUGAAGGCACUGAAACAGAUCGUAAAGAUGAAAAAUCAUUGGACAAAAUUUACACAGAGCUUCACAUUAUACGGGGAGAGAGCAAGCAUGUUAAUAAAGAACAUGAAAUCUGGGAAAUUGAAGAUAAGGCGAGGAAUCAGAUAUCUGAGGGUACUAAAAUCCACUGUAAUGACAUAUUUAAAGAUAGUGUGUCAUCUGGGCAAGACAGAAGAGAAAAGAGAGUUAUCAGGACCGUGAUGACAAAGGGAAUUGCUGGCAUUGGAAAAACCGUCUCUGUGAAGAAGUUCAUUCUUGAUUGGGCAGAUGGGAGAGCCAACCAGGACUUGGACUUCAUCUUCGUGCUCCCCUUCAGGGAGCUAAAUUUAGUCAUAGAUGACCCGUUUAGCCUUGAGACACUGGUGACAGAAUUCCAUCCAGAUCUUAAACACAUAGAGGUUGCAAAAAUAUUUGCUUAUCACAAAGUUUUGUUCAUUUUUGAUGGGCUUGAUGAAACCCAACUACAAUUAGAUUUCAAAACAACCAAAAGAUUGACAGAUGCCACCAAGAAAUCAUCGGUGGACACUCUGGUGACAAACCUCAUUCGGGAACAUCUUCUUCCCUCUGCACUUGUCUGGAUAACCUCAAGACCAGGAGCAGUUCAACGCAUCCCUCGACAGUAUGUAUACCAGUGGACUGAGGUCAGAGGAUUUAAUGAUCCACAAAAAAUACAGUACUUCAGGAAGAGAAUUGAGGACGAGGCAGUUGCUGAAAGACUUGUUAACCACGUUACGAUGUCCCGGAGCUUAUACAUCAUGUGUCACAUACCUAUCUUCUGUUGGAUUGCUGCAAAAGUCCUUGUGUAUUUGCUGCUGAAAGUGGACAACACUCAAGAUGAAAACAUAAAGAUACCCACAACUCUUACUGAGAUGUACUCAUACUUCCUUGUCAUUCAGAUGCAGGUCGCUACUGAAAAGUAUGACAAACAGAGUAAGUCAGAUCCAGAGGACAUCUUCGAGUCAAAUAAAGAAUUCCUUUUAAAAUUAGGCAGAUUGGCAUUUGAGCAAUUGGAAAAAGGCAAUAUCAUAUUCACUGUCAAGGAACUGGAAAAAUAUGGUGUUGGCAUAGAAAAAAUAGGAGUUCACUGUGGGUUGUGCACAGAGAUAUUCAAAGAAGAGGGUGCUUUCAAUAAAAAGAAACUCUACUGCUUUGUGCAUCUGACAGUUCAGGAGUACUUUGCUGCUCUCUUUGUGUACCAUAGUUUUGCAAGUAAAACAAUAGAUUCUCCAAGCCUCAAGGAUUUCCUGCUGAAAGGGUCUGAGGAAGAGCUCAAGUCUAUUUUGGAUGCAGAUCCAGUUGAUCUUCCUUUGAAUGAGCUGAUGGAAAUUGCAAUAGGUAAUUCAACUUCGAGAAAGACAGGAGAACUGGACAUGUUCCUCAGAUUCCUCAUUGGCAUGUCUCUGCAAUCAACACAAGAACUGCUUCAAGGCUUGAUUCAGCAGAAAGAGGAACACUCUGGUGUUAUUGAGGAAAUUAGAAUUAUUCUAAAAGAAAUGGACUUAUUAGACUGCUCCCCUGAAAGAUGUCUGAAUCUUGUUCACUGCCUGAUCGAGCUGAAAGACAGUUCCUUACAUGACACCGUGCGGCAGUAUCUGAAACCAAACCACAGUCCAGAAACACAGCUCUCCCCUGCUCAGUGCUCAGCUCUGGCCGACUCAAUUCUGAUGUCAAAUACACCUCUAGAUGAAUUCAACCUGAGAAAAUACAGACCAUCAAGAAAAGGUGUUUUUAGGCUUAUCCCAGCUGUGAGGAACAGCAGAAAAGUAAGACUCUCAGGGGUGUCUCUCGAUACUUGGAUUUCUGAAACCAUUUCUUCAGCUCUUCGAAUGCCAAACUCUGCGCUGACCGAACUGCAUCUGAUGAAUGUAGAACUUUUUCAGCAAUAUGUAAAGAUCUUGAUUGAUGGACUGAUAAACUCUCAGUGUAAAUUAGAAGCUUUCAGUCUCUCAGGUAGGCUACAAGAACAAGAAUUAUGUGAAAAUUUGGCAUCAGCUAUCAAAUCAGUCCUGUCAGAUCUAAGAGAACUGGAGCUGAGUGGCAACAUACUGAUGGGCUCACUACGCUCUGUGCUUUCUGUUGGGCUAAGCAGCCCUAAACUGGAGAAGCUGAGGCUGAACCGAAAUCUAAAGACUGCAGAGAUCUGUGAAGAAUUGGUGACAGCAUUCACAUCCACCACAUGUUACCUGCGAGAGCUGGAUCUGAGUUACACCAAUUUUAAAGACUCAGAAAUGGAGAUUCUCUCUCCUGGACUGAUGAGCAUAAAUUGUACAUUGAAGGCAUUGAGUCUCAGUCACAACAAACUCACCGAGAAAGGCUGUAAGACGUUGGCCUCAGCACUGACCUCCAAACCUUCCCAGCUGAGAGAACUGGGCCUGAGCUACAACGACAUGCAGGACUCAGGCACGAUGAUGCUCUGUGAUGUGCUGAUGAAUCCACACUGUGGUUUGAAAACACUAAGGCUGUCAUUCUGCAAAGUGACACGAGAUGGAUGUGCCUCCCUUGCCUCAGUUCUGAGGUCUGAUCAGUGCAGCGUCAAGGAGCUGGACCUGAGCUUUAAUCACCUCACAAAUGAAGGAGUCAAGCUGCUGACUGAAAUACAGAGGGAUUCACAGUGCAGUCUGGAGACACUCAAUGUGGACCAUAAUGAAGAAUGUUGGUGUGACUUGAAACUACUGAGACAGUAUGCCUGUGAUCUGACGCUGGACCCCAACACAGCAGGCUUGAAUAUAAUUUUGUCAGAGGAGAACACAAAAGCAAAAUAUGUUAGAGAGGAGCAAGCAUAUCCUGAUCAUCCAGACAGAUUUGAUGAUAUUCAAGUCCUGUGUGAAGAGGGUCUGACAGGUCGCCAUUACUGGGAAACUGAGUGUGUUUCAGCUGAUGUUGGAGUGGCCUACAAAAGUAUAGACAGGAAGGGAGAUUGUUCAAAAGCAUUUACUUUGGGAAAAAAUGAAAAGUCUUGGUGCUGGUUUAGUAAAGGUAGCUUUUAUCAUAAUGAUAUCUGUACAGAGUUUAUGUGUGCUACCUCCAAAUGUACCAUAGGAGUGUAUCUGGAUUGGCCAGCAGGCAUUUUGUCUUUUUUUAAGGUCUUUCCUGAUGCACUGGCCCACCUGUACACUGUACGUACAACUUUCACUGAACCGCUCCAUCCUGGUUUCAGUUUGCAGGAUGGAUCGAUUCACAUCUGUAAAAUAAAGUAAACAGAAAAUCUUUAUGGAAACAUCAUAUGUACAGCCAUAAAGAGCUAAUCCCUUCUAGCUACAUUCAAAAAAUUGAUACAAUACAUACAAUACAGUCAUACAAUAUUUAAUAUUAAAAUGAAUCUUCACUGAUGUCAAAGAUAAGAUGAUAUAAGAUGCAGUUUCAGUAAUUCUCAUGAGGGAAAUUAGUUGAAAAAAACCUGUCAACAUGUGAAAGGGUUUAAAAUUUAUUUUGUGUAUACAUUUAAUGUUUAAAGGAAAACCAUUUAAAAUGACUAAUACUGAGACUUAUUUAUUGGAUGGGCAGGGCAAGAACCAAACACUUGCCCACAGCACAGAGUCAGGUUUAUUUUCCAGCAGUUGGGAAGCCAGUUAGGGUUCCUGUCCCUGUCACUGCACUAGUGACUCUCUCUGGCAGGUUGGGGUACCUGCAUGGAGAAGGGUGGAAUCUUAGGUGGAUAUUGUUACUCCCACUUGGGCCAGAUCCUCGCUUGUAAUUGAAAAUAAGCACCUGGUGACUGUAUAUCAAUAGAAGCACAUAUGUGACUAUACUUUCCUCAGGAAUGGUAGUUCUUGGAAGUGAAAGGAACUACAAAAUAGGGGAAAAUUUUAACAUUUCUUUUCUACAUUUAUACUUUUUUAUUUCACACAUUUGUCUCCUGAAUCUUAAUUAUUGUAUGAAAAUAAAUGUUAAAUGUAUGCAAGAUAGUUAUAACAUGUUAAGCCUACAAAUCUACUACUGUACAUAUCAUCAUUCUUAAGUUUGUGUUUGUGUUUAAGUUUAUGUCGAAUUAA